AAGCCUGCUUUUUAGGGUUCUUGGGCAAACAAGAAAGGGGCGAAAGAAAACGAAAUGAAAGCGCAUUCUCGCCCCGCCGGCAAUGCGCUCUUCGUCUUCCAUCUCGUCGCGUUUCUCUGGUUUUUGUACACCUUUAGCUGGCAUUUUGGCCGCGCGGCGAGCAAGCUCCCCCAGUCGCAAGGAUUUGGCUGGUUCUUCAAGUAUCUCACUUUCUGCGGAUUCACGUUGCAAUUGGUAUCACUGCUCGUCUGCCUCUUGUCCCACCUAUUUCCGGAGAGUCGAGGCUUGAAGCGUGCGGCGGAUGAUUUGUCUUGCACCACCUUCGCGAUUGCCAAUGUCAUCACGGCCAUGCACUGGGUCCUCUACUUCACUACCGCAGCUCCAGUCGAAGCAUCUGCCACUGCCAAAAUCGAGACCACCGUCACUCGGAGUUUAAACGUCCAGACUUCUUCACCACUGUGGCUGAAUCUGACAGUCCAUUUGGCGAACGCCAUUGUCGCCUGGACCGACGUCCACGUUUCCGAUAGAACUUUCAGGAAGUCGUCACUCAACCAGUCUCUCAUCUUCUGCCUUGUCUACACCACCUGGAUCCAAGUCUGUGCCUUCAAGAACAAGAUGUAUCCAUACCCGUUCCUCAACAAGCUCCCGCAGCCGGAAGGAUUCAUCGCCACGGUCGCGGUCGCGGUGACCCUCACCUUCGCCUUCUUCAAAGCCGGCUCCACAUUGGCGAGCGUCCAAACCUCCCGGCGACUAGCCAAGCUCAAAGCCAUGUAAGUCCAUCUUUCUCCUUCAUAAAAGAGCUAAAAAUCUACUUUUUCAA